CGCCCGCUAGGCCUUGUCGAGGUGAGACCUGUGUCCCAUUUUCAAGCGCGCGGCUAUCUUUUUAUUCGUUUACUAGUGUACAGAAAGAAGUAUGGGAAAUAAAAAAAAUAAACACAAGAAAGUAGCCAGGUGCAAAGUCCGGAAGGUUAGACGAGAAAUCAGUGCAUCAAAAACACGACUCAGAGGAAUGUACGUGACAAAUACAAAUACAAAUAUAAAUGAAAUGGGAAAGCGUAAGGAAAAAUAUUAUAAGAAGAAAAUUGGCGCUAAUUUCCGAAAAAAAAAGAAAACGAAAAAUAUACCGUUACAUGAUGCGUUGGCCGUUGAGGUGCAACAACAGGAUGAAACUAGAGUAAAUAAAGCCCUCAAGGAUGUAGUUCAAAGUGAGCAUGAUCUUAAAAGGUAUUUGGUUGAUUUACCUAAACCAUCAGCCUCUCUCAUCAUCGGCUCUGACAGCCCUGCUGAUGCAGCUACUGUUGACCAAAGUGCUGAAGUUCAGAUCCAACAAGAGGAGAAAAUCCCGCAGGUUUGUCCGAAGUGCUCCUCGGAGCUUCCCGACUCUUUCCUAGCAACACAGACUCAACAUAAACAAGUGAGAUCAAUAAUAGCGAAGGUAUACCACUUCUUGGAGCGUGAGUACGAACAGUUGAAGAGCUUGCACCCGGAGACGGACUGGUCUCCGCUGAGCAGGGUCAGGCAGCGCACGGCCGUCGCCACCGGCGUCUCGGAGCCCGACGUGCUUGACAUACUUAGCGAGGAGGCUGACACUCGCGCCGCUGACGAACACCCGCCCAGGAAACGACCUAGAACUGAACACGAGAGUGAAUAUGACGACGUGAAUGAGGCCGAACAGAUAGAAGAAGCAUUACAUGAACCGGAUGUGUACGUUGCUACGAAACCCACCUUAGAACCUAACCCUCUUGAAGACAGCGAAGAGGAAACAAUAAUUAUAAAGGAAGAACAAGAUGAACAUAUAACUUAUUAUACUGUUAUGGAAGCAGUGUCUGCGCCCGAAGAGACGGAAGAUCAGUCCAGUGUGUGUAUACCGAAACCAGAGCCGCCAGAUGUACCUCACAGUCUAGAUAUCAAUUACAGUGCAAAUAGCUCUGCUGUGGAGACGUGCCGCGAUGACAUAGUGCGACGAGACAAACAGACAACUAUAUCUCAACCAGCACCACAUGUGCACGCUCGGGACUCGAUGCUACUGCAAGUGAAACAGGAAGAUAUAACUGUAGAGGAAGAGGGAAUCAGCUAGCAUUGACAAACCGCUCAACUUAUUAUUUCCAUUCUUAUCUAUAUAGAAGUUUAUUGAAAUGUCUAAAGUGUAGGCGUACUUACUUAUUAUAUACUAGCUUUUGCCCGCGACUUCGUUCGCGUGGAAUAGUGGCUUCCGGCAGAUUUGUUUACCCACAUAGUUCUCAAUCUCACGGAAUAGAUGGCGCUGUAUGUCCGGAA